AUGGAAAGACAAUGGACAACGGAUGAAUUCGAAAACACAGAUAAUUUCACAAAUCCAGACGACAUCAUCACCUUAGAAGAUGAGGAACCUUUACCUGGCCCAUCAGGACUGCCAACCCCGCCAGCGGCCACUGCAUCACAUACAUCCAACAAUGAAGAACUCAUUAACGAAGGUCAGUCGGUGGACGAACCCUCUGCUUUGGAUCCUGAAAUCCUUCAAAUAUUAGGCGAUGAUCCUAACAAUCUAAAGGAGUAUGGCGAACUUCUUCAUAAAGACUUAGCAUCAAGGUGGUCGCAUAUAGUAAUGAACGGAUUAGACAAAGAAAUUAAGCAGGAACUUUUAAAAAAGUACCUUACACCUGAAAAUUGUAAAAACCUAAAAGCACCUAAACUUAAUUUGGAAGUUAAAGCUGCACUGAAUGACUUCAGCAUAAAGAAGGAUUCCUAUAAUCAGACGAAGCAAAAUCAGCUGUCGAGCGCACUUGCCGCUAUAGGAUCAGCUUUAAAUAUGAUACUUACAUCAAAAGAUUCGUCAAACCAAGUAUUCCAACAACUAAUACAACCUCUUAGUGACGCUGCUCGCUUAAUCUGUGAUUGUCAUUACAAAGAAUCCGUUUCUAGAAGAUUCGAUAUUACAAAGACAUUAAAUAAAGAAACCAAAGAUAUGGUAAAAAACAGCAAAAUUGAUGAAUACCUGUUUGGAUCAGAUUUAGUCGAUCAAUUAAAGUCUCACAAAGCUAUUGCCAAGUCUGGGUUGGAGAUGAAAGCAGCAAACACUGUGCGUGUGGCCUUUAGACAAACUCCGACAAUCCAAACUCAUCGGGGAGCUUUAAACGCGAGGGGGACGACGCGGGUACCUGUCGGCGGGACGCGUCGAAAUCCCACACCUCGGAGGCCGGCGCAGGCACCAGUGCGAGAACAACAAUACUCGCAGCACACAUCCAACCCCGCUACGGCGACGCGGAAUUACAACUCGCGUGCACGAACGACGACGCGGAGGCGAUAGUAAAUGACCAGACAGUGCCACCCGUUGCAUGCAGACCUUAUCCUGGUGGCAGCGAAAUUAUCAGGACGGCGCUAGUCAACUCCG